AGUUGGGAAGUUUUUGAGAAGCUCAUCCAGUCACCCAGCCGCCGGGAAAACCCUAAACCUCACCCAAAAAAUGGCGGGCGCCGACGACGGCUUCUCGGCGGCGCGCCUCUUCUCGCAGGGCGUCUCCUACACCUACGACGACGUCAUCUUCCUCCCGGGCUUCAUCGACUUCCCCGCCGACGCGGUCGACCUCUCCACCCGCCUCUCCCGCCGCGUGCCGCUCUCCAUCCCCUGCGUCGCCUCCCCCAUGGACACCGUCUCCGAGGCCGCCAUGGCCGCGGCGAUGGCCUCCCUCGGCGGCGUCGCCGUCGUCCACUCCAACACCGAGGCGCACGCCCAGGCCUCCAUCGUCCGCGCCGCCAAGUCCCGCCGCCUCCCCUUCGUCUCCUCCGUCCCCAUCUUCUCCCCGGCCUCCGCUCCGACGCUCAAUGACUUCGCGGGGCACGACUACGCCCUCGUCACCGAGGGCGGGGACUCGCUCUCCAAGCUCCUCGGCGUCGCGGUGGCCGCCGAUGCCGCCUCGCCCGAGGCGCCUGUCCCGGUAUCCGAGUACAUGCGCCCCGCCCCGCGCUCGGCCUCGGCCUCCUUCGACUUCGAGCAGGCGGCGGCCUUCCUCGCCGACGAGGGUUUGGACUACGCCCCUCUCGUGUCCGAGGAGGGUGAGGUAAUCGACCUCAUCACCUCCAAGGACGUCGAGCGCAUUCGGAGCUAUCCGAAGCUAGGCAAGCCAUCUCUGGGGGCAGAUGGGAAGUUCGUAGUUGCGGCCUCUAUUGGAACCCGCGAGGACGACAAGCGAAGGCUAGACCAGCUAAUUCAGGCAGGGGCCAACGCGAUUGUGAUCGAUAGCUCGCAGGGGAACUCCACCUACCAGCUUGAUAUGAUAAAGUAUGCCAAGAAGACGUUUCCGGAGGUGGAUUUGAUUGGAGGCAAUGUGGUGACAAUUGGCCAGGCACAGAAUUUGAUUGCUGCUGGAGUGGAUGGCCUGCGUGUUGGAAUGGGCUCUGGUUCAAUUUGCACUACCCAGGAGGUUUGUGCUGUGGGUAGAGGACAGGCCACUGCUGUUUACAAGGUUGCAUCAUAUGCCAAGGAUCAGAAUGUGCCAGUUAUAGCUGAUGGUGGUAUUUCAUACUCUGGGCAUAUUGUGAAGGCCUUGUCACUGGGGGCAUCAACUGUUAUGAUGGGCAGUUUCUUGGCUGGCAGCCAUGAGGCUCCUGGGGCCUAUGAAUACAAGGACGGCCACCGAGUAAAAAAAUACAGAGGCAUGGGCUCCCUCGAAGCCAUGACAAAGGGGAGCGAUGCAAGGUAUCUUGGUGAUACUCUGAAGCUUAAAGUUGCCCAGGGAGUUGUUGGAGCGGUAGCUGACAAAGGUUCUGUUCUGAGGUUUAUUCCGUACACAAUGCAAGCUGUUAAACAAGGAUUCCAAGAUCUUGGUGCAUCCUCUUUGCAGUCAGCUCAUGAUCUUUUACGAGCUGAGACUCUUCGAUUAGAGGUGAGGACCGGCGCAGCUCAAGUGGAGGGAGGCAUCCACGGGCUAGUGUCGUACGAGAAGAAAUCAUUCUAGCCCCAUCUUUAAAUCGAGGACUGGCAUACUGGUUUUCUGUGUGUUCCAUCCAAGGUUGGCUGCAGAGAAGACCGUGGGGCUGUCCCUCCCCUAUGGAUCCACCACUACUAUUAUGGUUGUAACAUGGGCAUCAUCAUCUAUCUCCCACCAUCGCUAUGGGUUGAAAACAUUGGACAUGGGAAUGGCUGUAACAAUAAAAGGCGAUGUUUCCGUUUGCUA